AUGGAGAAAAAGAACGGUGUUUCCUCAUCCGUGGUGUUGGAGGAUAAAAUUCUUCGCUCCCCUCGAUGUGCUAUAGAGAUUCCCGAAAUUUCUCUACCAGAAUUAAUUUAUUCAUCACUGAAGGAACACGAGGACAGACCUGUACUAGACAUUCUAGUGUUUGGAAAGACUGAUGGUUGUAUAUCUUUCGCUGAACUCUUGGAAGAUGAUGGUUGUGCUUACACUGGUCCUCCGAAGAUCAACCCACGAGAAACGCCUUUAGUGAUAGCUUUCUCCAGUGGAACAACAGGCACACCUAAGGCUAUCGUUCACACACAUUAUAGUGUGCUUGCUAUAUAUUACCAAGGAAACCAACCAACUGUUCUCCAGUAUUUGCCGGACGACGUUCUUUUAGGGAUUUAUCCUUUUAGUCACAUUGGUGGUUUUUUGUUUGUUCUAAACAUCUUAAUAAACGGAGUCAGACUUGUCAUUGUUCCAUCUUACGACUUGAAUCUCCAUUUGGAAGAAAUUCAAAAACACAAAGUGACCAUAAUUGGAGGAUCAGUAGUAACACUGUACACGCUUCUACACAACCCCAAAGUACGCGAAUAUGACAUCACAAGUAUAAGAGAGAUAAUCACAGGCGGAUCUCCACUAAAUCGUGAAGCCAACGAACAAGUUGCCAUGACAGCAUUUCCAUUCUUACGUGGUGUCCGUCAAUUUUACGGACUCAGUGAAGCCCUAUUUGUAUCCUGUGUAGAAAAAGGGAAGAUCAUUCCAAAUUCGGUAGGAACAUUGGUGGCUUCAACCGAACUUAAGGUGGUCGAUGUUAACACUGGUGUUACUCUCGGGCCAGGUCACGAUGGAGAACUUUUUAUUCGUGGACCUCAGUUAAUGAAAGGCUAUUUGAAAAAUUCUGUAAUUACGCCAGAAGCAUUUACUCCGGACGGCUGGUAUGCAACAGGAGACUAUGGCCAUUACGAUACAGAAGGAAACCUUUACAUCACAGACCGUCUAAAAGAGAUGAUAAAGACUGGUUUUCACCAGGUUUCUCCAUCGGAAAUAGAGUCAACAUUGUGCAAGCAUCCUGAUGUAGAGGACGCUGCUGUCGUCGGAGUACCAGACUCUGAAUUAGGAGAAAUUCCACGUGGUUUUGUGGUAUUAAAGCCAGGGAAUCAUGUGUCUCAAGAAACUUUAAAGCAGUUCGUUUCAGGUUAUCUACCACCGUACAAACGACUAACAGGAGGCGUGGAGAUUGUGGAUAAAAUUCCUCGAUCUGAAUUUGGCAAGAUCCAGCGUAAAAUUAUGAAAGAACGUUUUAUUCAACAAAGAAAAACAUAAGGAAGACAUAUUUUACUCUUCUCUUGGCGGUGUUUUUUCUUCUAAACCUCGUAUACUUUACAUUUUCCAACAUUAAUUUUGAUAC